UUCCCCCCGCCAUUAACGUAAUCGAAGAAUAAGACAGCCUGCUGUGGUGUUUCUUGUGUUCAUUUGGGUCAGUUGUUCUAAUCUUUGAUUUCAGUGUUUUGCUAUUGGAGAAGGACAACAGGCAUGGGGGAAGCCGAGCUUGUUCCAGCUGACGGUAAACAAGCAGAGUCGGGCAUCAGUACCGUCGAAGACUCGGUCGUAUGGAGUCAAGAAGUCGAGGUGUGCCUGUUCCAUGCGAUGCUAGGUCACAAACCCGUAGGGGUAAAUCGCCACUUUCACAUGAUCUGCAUCCGGGAUAAAUUCAGUCAGAAUAUUGGGAGGCAAGUGUCAUCAAAGGUGAUCUGGGACCACCUGGGAACUAUGUAUGACAUGUCGGCCUUGCACGAGUCAGAAAUAUUGCCAUUUCCCAACUCAGAGAAGAGCUUCAAUCUUCCAGAGGAGAUGAUUCAAAAAGUAAAAGAAGGUAAACUGGUGUCUGAGGACGACAUGAAAGACGAGUUGAAAGAAGAACGAGACUCCCCAGCCACGCAUGAAGAAGGCAGCAACUCCUCGGUGAAGAUGACAGAGAGGGCCGUCAGCAAAGACAAGGAGAGAGACAGAGACAGAGAGAAAGGUUCCUCUGAGGGUGGCCCAGGGAAGGAGGCAGCAGACAAGAGGAAGAGGAAUCGUGCAACUGAGAAGGUACUCAACUCCAGCAGCAACCCGUCCAGCCCCGGUGGAGCCAAGCGGAGAAGGACGUAGGCCAAGUCACCAGGAGACGCCCUCAAGAUAUCAGCCGCUGCAGAGAGCAGGAGACCCCAGGGGGAGGAGGGGAGACCUGGGACUGGAGAGACUCAUCUGUGAAGCCUGGAAGGAAGGGGGAGAGACUUAGGACUGGAGAGACUCAUCUGUGAAGCCUGGAGGGAAACGGGAGGGAGGGUGAGAGAGUGGCGUUUGGAGUCAGACAAUAGAGAAGCUAUUUGGACAAUGCAGAAUUUGUGCACAGGUAUCCAGGAGACGAAAUUAAGAACUUUCAGCCCCACAGAAGCUGCAAUUUUAGACUUAUGUAAUGUUCUCCGAACAUCUAGAAUGAUGUAUAAUUUUCCCACUGCCACACAAUCUCUGAAAACAACACCGCAAUAGCAAUGUGAAGACCAAACUGACUCGUAUUGGUCAUGAUUAUCAAUAUACUGUCACAGCAGCGGAGGUUUUUUGGACAAUCCUCCAGUCCUCGGCUCUGGAUGAGAGGCCAGCAGCCAUGUUUAGUAAUAUUGACACAAUUCAAUCAGACACGUUAUCAAUGACAUCAGAAUGAGCGUAAUGGUUCUAGUGCUUUGUGUUCAGGCUUGUGUUAUUGUGAAGUUAUCCUGUUUGGCUUUGGAGAAAUGCAGGACUACUAAAUCACAGCAAUACACUGUAUUAGUGGCUGGACGCUUGCUCUAAUUGUCUUGUUGUUGUUGUGUGUUCUGAUUUGUUUCAAGUUGUUGUAAACACAUGCAUAGAGUAGCUCAUCCAGCUCUUCCAAUAACUGCCAACCAGAUUGUUAUUGUACCUCGUCUGUAUAAAAUGUAGCUGCAAUUUGUGCAAAUUGUCGGUCAUUGUCCCCUUUUUUCCUACAGUCACAGUCUUCUGUAUUUUAUCCGUAGGGAUUAUUGAAUGUGCAUGUUUUGGUAAUUGCUAAAAAAAAAAAAGUAUUUUUUUUGUCCGUGUUAAAGACAGACCUUUGCGAAUAUAAUAAACAUGUGUAGCUGUAGUCUCCAUCCCAUUUGAGAUCCCUUUUGUUAUUCUCUAUUUAUUGGACAUGUCAUAUUUUUAAAGACUAUGUCCCAUUAAAUGAUUUUUGACGAA